GGUCACACUCUACUCAAUUCUCCGCAAUGUUUCUCGAUUAAAUUCCCUUCAAAGACCCAAGUUUUCCUGAUCAGAGAGACUAAUUAGAUCGAAUUCUCCUCCAAAGGCACAAACUUUAUCGAUCGGAGAGCUCUAAUUAAUUCGCUACGAGAUAGCCGAGAAAGAGAGAGAGAGAGAGAGAGAGAGAGAGAGAGAGAGCACGAGAUCGCGUUGUAGUUUGAAAUGGAUAUCACGAGCGAGGCGUCGGUGGAUCCGUUCUCGAUCGGGCCCUCGACGCUGCUGGGGCGCACGAUCGCGUUCCGCGUCCUCGCGUGCGCCUCCCUCGCCCACCUCCGGCGCGACGCCGCGCGGUCCGUGUACGCGGCGCUCCGCGCGCUCCGCUCCGCCGCGCUCUGGUUCCACCCCCGCAACACGCAGGGGAUCCUCGCCGUGGUCACCCUCAUCGCCUUCCUCCUCCGGCGCUUCACGAGCGUGCGCACGCGCGCCGAGUCCGCGUACCGGCGCACGUUCUGGCGCAACAUGAUGCGGAGCGCGCUCACCUACGAGGAGUGGUCGCAUGCGGCCAAGAUGCUCGACCGCGAGACCCCCCACAAGGCGAGCGAGGGCGAGCUCUACGACGAGGAGCUCGUCAGGAACAAGCUCGACGAGCUGCGCCGCCGCAGGGAGGAGGGAUCGCUCCGGGACAUUGUCUUUUGUAUGCGCGCUGAUCUCCUGAGGAAUUUGGGGAACAUGUGCAAUCCCGAGCUCCACAAAGGAAGGCUCCAGGUGCCUAAACUCAUAAAAGAGUACAUCGAUGAGGUCUCGACCCAACUAAAAAUGGUAUGCAACUCUGAAUCCGAUGAGCUACUGUUAGAAGAGAAGCUUGCGUUCAUGCAUGAGACAAGGCAUGCCUUCGGCAGGACGGCCCUUCUCUUAAGUGGGGGCGCUUCCUUAGGAGCCUUCCACGUGGGUGUAGUGAAAACACUAGUAGAGCACAAGCUCCUUCCCCGUGUAAUCGCAGGAUCGAGUGUCGGUUCAAUAAUGUGCGCCAUUGUAGCGACCCGGUCGUGGCCCGAGCUCGAAUCGUUCUUUGAAGAUUCGUGGCAUUCCUUGCAAUUCUUCGACCAAUUGGGCGGCGUAUUUACUGUGGUCAAAAGGGUAAUGACAUGCGGAGCGGUACACGAGAUCAGGCACUUGCAAAAAAUGUUAAGGCACCUCACGAGCAAUUUAACUUUUCAAGAAGCUUACGACUUGACUGGUCGGAUUCUCGGCAUCACGGUUUGCUCUCCCAGAAAGCAUGAGCCACCACGAUGCCUUAAUUACCUGACUUCUCCGCACGUCGUCAUAUGGAGUGCCGUCACGGCUUCUUGUGCUUUUCCCGGGCUCUUUGAGGCUCAGGAGCUGAUGGCGAAGGAUAGGUUUGGCGAGAUUGUUCCUUUUCACGCGCCGUUCUUGGUGGGUGAAGAGCAGUCAUCGCAGGGGACCUCAGCACGAAGAUGGAGGGAUGGAAGCUUGGAGAGCGAUUUGCCUAUGAUACAACUGAAAGAAUUAUUCAAUGUGAAUCACUUUAUCGUUAGCCAAGCCAAUCCACACAUUGCCCCUCUUUUGAGGUUAAAGGAGCUUGUUAGAGCUUAUGGGGGCCGCUUUGCUGCAAAGCUUGCUCAACUCACCGAGAUGGAGGUUAAGCAUAGGUGCAAUCAGAUCCUGGAACUCGGAUUCCCACUGGGUGGAAUAGCAAAAUUAUUUGCUCAGGAUUGGGAGGGUGAUGUCACAGUGGUCAUGCCUGCUACGCUUGCUCAGUACUCAAAGAUCAUACAAAACCCAUCUUACGCCGAGCUCCAAAAGGCCGCAAACCAAGGCAGGAGGUGCACUUGGCAGAAGCUCUCUGCGAUUAAGGCAAACUGUGCUAUCGAGCUCGCGUUAGAUGAAUGUGUCGCACUUCUUAACCACAUGAGGAGGCUAAAGAGAAGCGCGGAGAGAGCAGCUGCCUCUUCCCAAGGACAACACACGAGCGCCUUUCAAAGAAACACUUCGCGGAGAAUCCCUUCGUGGAAUUGCAUAGCGCGGGAGAACUCAUCGGGGUCUCUGGAGGAAGAUAUCAUGUUGGAGGCUGCAAAUACUUCAGCCCAACAAGGCCCAAGUUCAUAUACUCGUGGACCAAGAAGCGUACAUGAUGGAAGCGAUAGUGAGUCAGAGAGUGCGGACUUGCAUUCUUGGACUAGAAGUGGUGGGCCGUUGAUGAGGACUGCCUCCGCAAAUAGAUUCAUUAACUUCGUUCAAAAUCUCGAGAUUGAGUUGGAAUUCAAUCAGAAUUUUACGAGAGAUGAUGAGAAUAGAGAUCCUUUUUACAGUAAUUCAAGAGUUACUACUCCUGAUAGAAGCUCAGAAAAUACAGACACCGAAAUCGGAAAUUGUAGAGCUCGUCUCGGAGCUCCUAAUAGGAUUGUGAUUUCCGAAGGAGAUUUGUUGCAGCCCGAAAGGAUGCAAAAUGGAAUUUUGUUCAAUGUUGUCAGAAGGGAGGCUUUACUUGGGAAUAGGGGCAGCGACUUCGAGCAACAGCAGCAAACUGCUUCAGCGGAAGCUGAUAUAGAGAGUGCACAGGUAGAAUCCUGUGAUGCUGUUUCAGCUUCCGAUUUUAUUGAAGAUGAUGAAGAAGAGACCGAAUUGAACUGCAGUGGCCAAUUGGCUUCCCGCACUGAUGAUAGAAAUUUGGAUCAAUCUUUAGCGGAUCAAGCUAAUGUCCAUGGGCUAGCUGAUGGUUGAAAACUAAUUUUAAUCUUUUCAGAGAGAGAGAGGACUAAAAUGAGGCUAUGAAAUUGAAGCAGAAUUAGCAUCGAGUUGAGCUAGGAUACUUCUAAAAGUAUUACUAUCCACAUACUUUUAACUUUUUCACCCUUAAAUCUACUACUAUUUCACCUGCCCUCACUAAACCUCAGGCAUCCAAGAGCUACAGAGGGUGGAAGCAAGUGAGUAGUAAAAUUUUAGAAGUAUUCUAAACACAAUUUGAUAUUCGAGCCGGGAUUAGAUUACUUUGCAAUCAGAUCCGAGACUUGAGAAGUUCUUCUCAAUGUAUAUAAGCUGUUUGAAUUGUGGAUUUAUAAAGGUGGAGGCCGAAAUGAGAGCUGAUCAAGGUCACAUGUAACUUUAUAACAUGUUUUAAAUUUUCCUUUUUUUCAUGGAAAAUUAGCUCUAUAGCAAAUUGUAGGAUACACUAUUGAAUAUUUGUCUACAAAGCUCCUGCAUAAAGCACUCGCAGUUGUCGUACGUGAUGUUGAGAAUGUAACAAAUAUAAUCCUCAGAAAGUAAUUUGAUCUUUAUGUGGUUUUUUUCUUCA